AUGGACGGCGGUAACGGCCAACAUUCCAGGAGACCAGGGCCUGUGGAGUCUCCUGGUUGUGACAGCGUGCCAGAUGACGAAGAGCUGCCGUGUGCAGCCCCAAGAUCUGAUCUCGGCGAGAGCGACGUGUCGGGGGACCUCGCAAGGGUAAUAGCUUCGGUGCUUGCGGGAGUGCUAGAAGAUUAUGAUGCCAAGACGGAGGCUGUCGCCAGGAGUCAAGACGUGCUUGGACUCUCCCUCGACCGCCUAAAUGGAGGUACGUUUCCGGGAUCCUCCGAUCAAAUUUUACAAUUUUCUCCCAUAUGUUUUUCUUCUGAGUUUUCGUUUAAUAUGUCUUUACAGAAAAUUAGUGAAUCAGUUUUAAUACUUAUCCUAAACAACUAUCUUCAACAACAUGUGCUUUAUUAAUAAAACCUACUUUCUGCUUACGGGCACUUCUAUGUAAUGAGUUACGGUUGAGUAUCAUGUGACACAUUUAUGAAUAUCACAAUUGAAUUUUUGUAUAUGAUUUUGAAUGUUUACAAUGAAAUUAAGUCAUAAGUUCUAUUGCGUGGCAUGAUAUUGCAGAAUUAGACAAGCUUCUAGAGGAGGCACCCUUGCCUUUUAUUAUGCAACACGCUGCGAAAAUUUCAGGGAUCCGAAAGAGAAUUUUUGCGCUGAAUUCCAUACUGAAGACAGUACAGAAGCGUAUUGAUAACAUGGAUAUAAUACUCUCUGCUGCUUCUCCUCAUGGUAAUAUUUCCAGAUAAUGACUUCUAGAUGAUUGUAGUGGGUGAUCUUUUUCUGGGAAGUGAUGAAUGAGCCUUCUGAUUUCCCCGAUUUAUUUUUUAAUCAGAGUGUUUGUCCUGCCAAUUUCAUGUAAUUGAAACGCCAUUGAUUUCACCAAUGGAUUUGUAUUUAUCGGUUGUCUAACAUUGAAAUGAAGAAUAUACAUCAUCACUGUGGGGCAGCUGUCAUCCUAUCUCAUCAGUUUUAUUAUUUUUCUCAUUUGUCGAGGGAUUGAUCCUAGAGACUCUUUCCUCUUCUUGUACUUCUGCUUAAGAUGAGAUCUUACCUGCAACUGUGCCUGAGAAUCAGAAAGAGAAAAGUGAACUCUUGGUUUAUUCUAUAAUGAGUAAUGGUUUAUUCUUUGGCAAACUUUCCAAUGUGCCGGUGUACAGAAUCUGGGGGAGUCAGUACAUUUUCUUCUUAAAUUAGGGCGUGGAGAGCAUACCCAUCAACUCACAGUAUUUAAUGUGAUCAUAUUCUGCUAAAAGUAAUGUCAGGAUUCAGCUUAAGAGUUGAAGAGGACGGUUGACGGAGCAAUGUAGAGGAAGACAGUGAAGAGGGCGAUAGGAUGGGUUUCUUUAAUCAUGAGACCGUAAAACCUAGUUUUUGGGAACAAGGUCAUUAAUGGAAUAGGGAAACCAACUUGCCGAUGGUUUCUGACUUUCUUCCUUGAUAAGAAGAGAGUUUGGACGUGUCUGUGCCCCUCAGCUCCCUCUGUUUUCUGUGCCAGAUUGAACCCACAUGACGAGACGCAGGUUGACAGAUUUUAGGUUUCCUGGUUUAAUCAUCUCCCUUUGAAACGUGGGUCACUAACUUUGGUUCUGUACGCACUAGCUCCACUUUGGACUCAGAGGGGCCAAUGUGCUGAUUUAUGUACUGGUCCACAUUGGUCACUUAGCUGGCCAGGUUAUAAAGAAUUGUUCGGUUUUCACUAAGCUAAUGGAAUGAUUAAACCAUAAGGAAUAUGCCUAUUUGUGAAUACAUGCUCCUUGCAUUUAAGCGAAGUCAGCCAAUGUAAAGGGGGCGCUUUACAUUUUUUUGUUAAACAUGAUGUAUAGUUGACCUCCUUUGAGACUUGACAGCUUUAUAAAUUUCCAUACCUCAUCAAGUGCUCUGAGGAUAUAUCUUCCGUUAAUGGCUUUUUCGCAGGGAAAGCAACAUCUGAUCCUAGACUACUAGAAAGUUAGCCUUUUGCAACGUAGCUGCUGUCUUGGCUCUUUUUAUGAUCUAUAAUAUGGCUUUUCCAUGUGGAUGUACAAAUGUUGAAUUAUAUAACAUACAGCCAGAAUGAUCCAAUCCCUUUGACAUUUGUAAUUCGGAGCUAUUUUCUUUUCCAUUGGGGCCAUGAGCCUGUGCCCAAUGAACCAUCCAGUCCAACUCUUCAACGAGUCAGUUCGGCCUAAUUCACAUGACAGGUUUCCCCUUUCUCCUGCGAAGUCAUUUGCAAUAUAA